AUUUUAAUUUCGCGUUUAGGCCGUGGUUGUUCCCACACCUUCUCCAGCCAGCCCUUCAAUUGCGACCCGCACAAGUCUCCCCCUCUCUGGUUUCCAUCCCUCGUCCUUCCUACUGUUACCUUUCUUGUCAACACCAUCGAACAGCGGUCAACAUGUCUUCACCGUCAGGCCGUCGAACCCGAAAUGCAGCGUCCUCCACCCCAGGUCGCUCAACUCGCAGCUCCCAGGCUGCUCGGAGCAGCCCCGCUCCUGGCGCUCCUGAUGCUGCUGAGAGUGCCCCAGAAAGGACUCCUCGUCAGACUCGUGCAUCGCAGUUGGCUUCCAGCCCAAUGUUCUUCCAGUCUUCCCCUGCCAACGCCGCUGCUGGAGCCUCUUCGCCGCUGCGCCAGAUGAGUAACACGCAAACUACCAAUUCUCAACCGGCCAACGGUGCACCAAGUUCUCCUCUCCGCCAGCAGACGGAUACCCAGAGUAUAGACGGUGACCAGACUCCCAGGGCCAGCGCUCUCAUCGGAGAGUCCUCCCCGAUCCGUUAUGAACCGAGUUCCAGCCCCGGCCGACAUCUUGCACAGACUCCAGACCUGCGGAGCGAGAGCAGCGGCUUGUUUGUCAGCUCGUCGCGCCCGCCCCGUUCUCGCCGAGGAGACAUCAAUCCAGACCUUAUCCGGUCUCCAGCUAGAAUUCCGCGUCGCAUCCUCCUCGAUGACGCCGGCCGGGUCGUUCGCGACGGCUCCGCUCUCGGAUCAGACGUCGCGUCGUUCUCAAACAACAACCCCAACACAUCGGAAGCGGAUGCGCUUGGCGGAUCUAGUCAGAGCCUUAUCUGGGGAACCACCGUGUCUAUCGAUGAUUCCUUCUCCUCCUUCAAAGACUUCCUCAAGAACUUCACGGCCAAGUAUCGGAUGUGGGCGGACGGCGUGGCUGAGGCCGAUACGGAUGGUGAUCCCGAGGCAGACUCUAAGCCGUACCUGGAAGCUAUGGAGAACAUGUUGCUUCUCGGCACAGAUAAGCUGUACCUGAACAUCCGGGAUCUCAAGGCCUACCCCAGAACGCAGAAGUUGUGGCACCAAGUCCAGGCAUACCCGCAAGAAAUCGUCCCUGUCAUGGACCAGUGCGUCCAGGACUGCAUGUUGGAGCUCGCUCGGGCUGAGAUGGCAAACCAGCGGACCAGCCAGAGCAGCGCCGGUGCCAACGGUGCCCCGUCAACUCAGAGCUCCGAACCGGCUUUCCCCAGCUCUGAGCGGAGCGAAGAGCCUUCGACCCCUCGACCGCAGCCGGCCCAGACCACUCUCGAGGACCAGGUCAACUCGAUAGGCUACGUUGUCAGGCCCUGGGGUCUCGACAACACCACCAACCUGCGUGACCUGAACCCCUCCGACAUGGACAAGCUUGUGUGUAUCAAGGGGCUCGUGAUUCGCACUACUCCGGUCAUUCCCGAUAUGAAGGACGCGUUCUUCAAGUGCAGCAUGUGCGGCCACUCGGUGAACGUUAGUCUGGAUCGCGGCCGGAUCCGCGAACCUACGGAAUGCCCUCGCGCCAGAUGCCAGUCCAAGAACUCGAUGCAGAUUGUCCACAACCGUUGUUCGUUUGAGGAUAAGCAAGUUGUUAAGCUUCAGGAGACCCCGGACGCCGUCCCUCCCGGCCAGACGCCACACUCGGUGUCUGUCUGCGUCUACAACGACCUUGUGGACUUCUGCAAGGCCGGUGACCGUGUUGAGCUCACUGGUAUCUUCAAGGUCACCCCUGUUCGGGUAAAUCCUCGGAUGAGGACGGUCAAGAGCGUCCACAAGACAUACGUGGACGUUCUGCACGUCCAGAAGGUUGACCGGAAGCGAAUGGGUGCCGACCCCUCGACUCUCGACCUUGCUGAAGACGAGGAAGCUCAAGCCGAUGGCACCGGCCUCGAGGAAGUGAGGAAGGUGAGCCCCGAGGAAGAGGAGAAGAUCAAGGAGACCGCGGCUCGUCCGGAUAUCUACGAACUCCUAGCUCGCUCGCUGGCACCAUCGAUCUACGAGAUGGACGACGUAAAGAAGGGCAUCCUCCUCCAGCUCUUCAGUGGCACCAACAAGACGUUCCACAAAGGAGGCAGCCCCAGGUAUCGUGGAGACAUUAAUAUCCUGCUGUGUGGUGAUCCCUCCACCUCAAAGUCUCAACUCCUGGGCUAUGUCCACAAGAUUGCCCCCCGCGGUGUCUAUACCAGCGGCAAGGGCUCAUCCGCCGUUGGUCUCACGGCCUAUGUCACUCGCGAUCCAGAGAGCCGGCAGCUCGUGCUCGAGUCCGGCGCUCUGGUGCUCUCGGAUGGCGGUGUUUGCUGCAUCGACGAGUUUGACAAGAUGAGCGAUUCUACCCGCUCGGUCCUCCACGAAGUCAUGGAGCAGCAGACAGUGUCUGUCGCCAAGGCAGGCAUCAUCACGACGCUCAAUGCCCGGACGAGCAUUCUGGCAUCGGCGAAUCCCAUUGGCAGUCGGUACAACCCAGACUUGCCCGUCCCGCAGAACAUCGACCUGCCGCCGACGCUACUCUCCCGUUUCGAUCUUGUCUACUUGAUUCUAGACCGUGUUGACGAGAAGAACGAUCGCCGGCUAGCCCGCCACAUGAUGUCGAUGUAUCUCGAAGACAAGCCCCAUUCGGCUCAAUCGAACAAUGCUAUCUUGCCCAUCGAGUUCCUCACCACCUACAUCUCAUACGCCCGCGCCCACAUCCACCCAACCAUCUCCCAAGAAGCCGCGCGCGAGCUCGUGGACGCCUACGUCGAGAUGCGCAAGCUAGGCCAGGACGUGCGCGCCGCCGAGAAGCGCAUCACGGCGACGACGCGGCAGCUGGAGAGCAUGAUCCGGCUCUCCGAGGCGCACGCCAAGAUGCGCCUCGCCGGCGAGGUGACGCGGGCCGACGUGCUCGAGGCCGUGCGCCUCAUCAAGUCGGCCCUCAAGACGGCCGCCACCGACGCCCAGGGCCGCAUCGACAUGUCGCUGCUGACCGAGGGCACCAGCGCCGCCGAGCGCCGCCGCCGCGCAGACAUGCGCGACGCCGCACUGCGCCUUCUCGACGAGCUCACCGCCUCGGGCGGCGCAGUCAAGUUCGCAGACGUAGCCAGGCGCCUGGGCGAGGCCGCAGGCGUGCCCGUCGACCCGGCAGAGUUUGCCGAGGUGAUGCGCGCGCUCGAGAUGGAGGGCGCGGUCAUGAUCAGCGGGGAGGGCGCGAGGAAGAGCGUGAGGAGGGUCACGGCCGUUGUCUAGAUCGGGGCCCCUCGGUUGUCACUUGCCAGGGGCGUGUUGGGAAGGAAUCAAGGCAUUUUUUUUUGUUCGGUUGGCUUAGGAAGGGGGUGCCUGUCUGUUAUUUCUUUUCCCCCUUUUUGCGGCGUUGCUCACUCAUCACGGACGUUGCCAUGUCGUUCAGACGGAUUUUGCGGAUGGAAAGAGACACAUCGGGGAGGUAAUGAGAACAUCGGAAUGUAUGUCAUACAUGAGCUUAGAUGAAUUCCAUGGCUUGGUUUUACACUUGGUCCGGGUUAUCACUGUCGAAUGGGA